AUGCUCUCGGAGCAAAUUAAACAGCAAGAAACUACCAACAAUCGCACUGCUGGAUCCGAUGAGCGGGUGCCAAUUCGUCCAAAGAAGUCGUUCAUUACAGAAGUGGAGCGUUUGAAGCGGUUAUCAGUAAAUGCCAACAUAGAGAAACUUGCCGACACUCGUCCUGCUGAGGGGGCCACUGAAGUGUUCCAACUUAUCGAUAAAAUGGCGGAAAAACAGCAACGAAGUAAACGUAUCCGGGCGAUGAUGCAGAGGGCAGCUCACAAGACCAUUCUCGUCGUAAGGACCAAGAAUUCGAUCCAAGCCGCAGAGAUCGUGAGUGUUCGUUUCAAUCCACACAAAGUCACCGAAGUGCCACGUAGCGUACAGCUGGAACAAAUUCGUAUCAAAGUUCUGCGUCAUACUCGAUUCUCUUCGGCCAAACGGCGGUCUCAGUUUGAGAAGAUUUUCUCUGAGGCUCAGGAAAUCGACGCACUGCUUAAAGACAUGUUCUGGUACGUCACAGCCCAUUGUUUCCAACCAGAUAGACAGCCCAAGCUUGAAGCUAGUUUUUACCAGCGGAUUGCAGAUAGCUUCACGUCGCUAUUUGUUCGUCUGCAAAUGAAGCCUUCAAGUCGAGACGUGGGGUUCUUUGAUCAGCUUCCAGAUGUGGUGGCGCAAAUACUGUUCGUCGCUCUCUACGAGGCCUUCCCACGCUCACGUAAGCUCAUUUCUAGUGACGAGAUACGCCAUGAAAUUCUACGUACGUGUUACUGCUGGAUCCUCGGCUUCGUACCAGCAGAUCUCAAGUAUGACCACUGGGUAGCAGUAGACGAAGAAUCCCCAAAGCGGAUUGCAGCCCUCGCAGACUUCCCAGCUAUGCGCAACCGGAUAAUAAGAGCGGAACGUGUAGAACGCACCAGACAAGCGGUCAAAACAUGGCAUGAAGACCAAGAUGACGAAGACGAAGAGACUGAGCACCAAUUAAUCGGUGAGCAGGAGGUAACUGAAUCAAGUGCGAAGCUUCUACCCAGUCUUGGGCACCAGAAACCUCGACGAAACUCUGCAUUCUCGAUCUCUCCUCCCAAAAAUCGUCCUCGUCCAUUAAGUGGCAAUGGCAAAUGUGGUGACAAUGCGAAGUUAGCAGCUCACCUUGAAACUCGAGAGCGAUACACUUACGAAAUGUGUAACUCACCGUUGAUCGGCGCUUUCCUCGCACGACACAAACUGGAGAAUAACACACCUCAUUUGCGCGUGCAAAUGCGACUAACUAGCGGUAAACAGCGUGAUCUAAAUGAUCAAGAAGCGUUUCGUGCUGCGACUGGAGUCGUUCCAGCACGUCGACGUCGUCUAGUGGAUCCAACAGCAUUCGGAGAUGCGCUAGUGGAGCUAGAAACGUUUGGAAACACAGUUCGAACUGCUUUUUCAAGGGAGAAGGAACAGGCUCGAAGUCUUGAUUCACGCGAAAGGAAGAGGCUUGUUGGAGAGCAACGUGCACUUGAAACGCAGUUGAGUGAACUGCGACAAAGUGGAGAGCGAAUGCACGAGUUCAGUAACCAAAUCGUGAGUAAAUCGCACAUUGAUACAUUCUUGAGACCGCCAUCACGAGGAGCUUUAUCGACGACGGCAGCAACCGAGUUGGUAUCACCUGGAAGUGCUGGGUCUACUCGUCCUUUCACUCCACGUCCACCUCCGAGUCGAGCUGGGAGCUUUAAAGCGACAGGUACAGCUCGAACUCAAGUACAAGGAGGAUCAACCCGAACAAUAGGCAGCAACAGGAGUUAA